AUGCAUAUCGCCAGGACUCACCCGGACCAGGACGUCCCUCAAUACAUCACGCCGAUCAAGCGCCGCCCCACAGAACUUCUGACCUUGGCCAUCGAGACAUCUUGCGAUGACACAUGCGUCGCCCUCCUUAAGAGCUACGACAGCAAUGAGAACCCCAAGAAGGAACCCGAGAUGGUGGCCCACCUGCUCUUCAACAAAAAAAUCACUUCGGACCAGCGCCAAUUCGGCGGUGUCCACCCGGCCGUCGCCGUCGAGUGGCAUCAGCGCCAUCUCGCAACCCUGGUCCAGGAAGCCAUCCAACAUAUUCCCGAAGCUGGUCCCUCAGGCAACCAAUCUUACCAGACAAUGAGAAAGCCCAAGCAACACAUCAAGCCGGACCUCAUCGCCGUCACCCGGGGGCCCGGCAUGCCCACCAGCUUGGCCACCGGCAUGGAAGUAGCCAAGGGUCUCGCUCUGGCCUGGGGAAUCCCGAUCGUGGGCGUCCAUCACAUGCAAGCGCACGCUCUGACGCCGCAGCUCGUCGAAGCUCUCGAACGCUCCGCUGCUCCCAGCCUCGCAUCAUCCCCAUGGGCACAGCGCCAACAGCCCGAACAACAGCAAGCAGCAGCAUCGAAGAAGCAAGAAGAGGCUCAGCACCCCAGUCUCGACUAUCCCUACCUCAACCUUCUCGUCUCCGGCGGCCACACGCAGCUGGUCUACUCUGCCUCUCUCACUUCACAUCUGAUCCAGUGCACAACCGAUAACAUCGCGCUAGGCGACAUGCUCGACAAAGCCGCGCGCAAGAUCUUGCCCGCUUCGGUCCUGGAAUCAGGCCAAAACGUCAUGUACGCCGCCGCGCUGGAGCGCUUCGCCUUCCCCAGGUUCCCUGCGGGUGCCGACGAGAGGGAGUACAACUUCAAGUACACUCCGCCGGCCACGCGGGCCGCCGAGAUCGAGCCGCACAACUCGCCCUACGGCUGGCACCUCUCGCCGCCUCUGUACGCCUCUAGGAGGAUGGAGUAUAACUUUACCGGGCUGGGAUCGCAAGCGCAGCGCAUCGCCGACACGCUGGACAGUUUCUCUUCGUACGAGAAUCCCCGGGACCAGGUCCUUUCGCGGGAGGUCUCCCCGGAGGAGGGGUCCGACAAUGGGUCCGCCCUGGCUCCUUCGGCCACCUCGGACGACUCCAACACCCCUCUCCUCUCGCCGGCCCUCGAUGAAAAAGACCAGAUCGAGCAGCGCCGCUACCUGGCCCGCGCGGUCAUGCAGUUGGCUUUCGAGCACCUCGCCUCGCGCAUCGUCAUGGUGCUCCAGCAGCAGGCCAAGCACUCGGGUGAAGCCCAAAAGGUUAAGACGCUCGUGGUGUCGGGCGGCGUGGCGAGCAAUCAGUUUCUGAGGCAUGUGCUGAGGCGCGUGCUGGAGGUACGCGGGUUCGGACAUAUUCGGAUUAUGGCUCCGCCUGUGAACCUGUGUACGGACAACGCGGCCAUGAUUGCGUGGACGGGGUCCGAGAUGUACAGGGCCGGGUGGGUGAGCAAGCUGGAUAUGUUGCCAAUUAAGAAGUGGAGCAUGAGCUCGACAGGCGAGCAGGGCGGGAUCUUGGGGACGGAAGAGAAGCCCUUUUAUGUGAGGCGUUGA